AUGUUCAGCAUGGGCCCGACAUCAUUCGGCCGUGCCAACACGGGCCUUCAACUUGGAAAUAAUCAUGGGACAAUCGGGACAAUUAACAUUUCAUCCGACCGACCGGAAAACCCAGAGAAGACAGACAACGAGCUGCUCAGGUCUCUAGCAUUCCCACAGAUGCUAGACCGGAGGGACAAUAUCGAGGCACGUCACACUAAUACCUGCGAAUGGAUUUUGGAGCUGGACGAAUAUCAGUCCUGGAGGAAUCAGCCCUGUGGUCUAUUAUGGGUGAAGGGCAAGCCGGGUGCGGGCAAAUCAACCUUGAUGGUCUUCCUGCGCGACAGACUCAGCGAAUUACAAGACGGCGGCCGGGGUGUUCUUCGGCUCGACUUUUUCUUCACCGCUCGGGGCGUGGAGCUGCAACGUACACCACUAGGGAUGCUUCGAUCAUUGUUAAACCAAAUUUUUGUUCAAGAAGCGACCAUACGCCCUUAUGUGCGAGAGAUCUAUGACCAACGAUGUAGGCAGUUUGGCUUCGGUGAACGCAGGUGGGAAUGGCCACAGACAGUGCUAGAAGAGUUACUCGCAAGCGCGGUCCUAGCAUCAGCCACGAAACAGCAUGUGAUCAUUUUCGUGGAUGCGUUAGAUGAGGCUGGCGCUAAGUCCGCUCAACAGCUCGCGGCAUACUUCCAUCGUCUUGUUGAUUAUGCUGAUAAAAAGAAGCUACCCCUUCAGGUCUAUAUCUCAUGUCGACACUAUCCUAUUACGGAAUGUCCCCAGACAGUAGCGAUACAUGUCGAAGACCACAAUAAAGAUGACAUUGCUACGUAUAUUAAGGACACGCUUCUUCAGACAGACUUCGGAGAAGUUUCCAGUCAAGGGACGAGAGACGUCCUGGUAGAAGAACUGGCCCAACAUGCCAAGGGUGUCUUCCAAUGGGCCCAUCUUAUAAUGCCAUUUAUUCAGCAACAAAUUGGCGAAGGAGAGUCAAUCAGCGACAUGCGGGAUUGGUUGUGCGAGGUCCCAGCCGACCUGGAAGACGUCUACACGUAUGUUCUGAGCAACGUGAUCACGGCUAGGAAUCGAGACCAAUCAUUCUUAUUCUUCCAAUGGGUGUGCCUGGCCGAGCGACCCCUAACUAUAGUCGAAAUACGAUAUGCGUUGGCGGCCAAGGAUGCUCAAAUAAAACCGCCUCGAACUGGAUGGGAGAGGCUCCGCGGCUUCGUCGAAAGCAAUGAACACAUGAAGCGAAGAGUCAAGGCUCUUUCGGGUGGACUGGCUGAGGUAGUUUUAAGCGGCGACGACGAGGAGACCGUACAGGUAGUACACCAGUCGGUCAACGAUUUCUUGCGCACAAAAGGACUGUCCCUUCUAUACAUUAGCAUCAAGGGGGGAAUCGGGACUCAGGAUAUGAAAAACAUUCUCUCUCAGUCCCAGGGGACUCUCUAUCGAUCAUGCCUGGUUUAUCUUGCGACCAUCUGCUCAGACAAACAAACAAGUGAAUUCCAGAGAUCAAGGAUUGAGCUUGUCCGUGAUCGUGCGUUUCUUGAAUAUGCGACUAUCAAUCUGUUUAUUCAUGCAGAAAAAGCCGCCGACUCUCGAGGUGCCUUGCUAGAAAAUGAGAAAGCCAUUCUGCAUCAAAUAACCAGUUUCUGGGUUCAAAUCUACCAGUGCCUUGAUGUUCAUAUCAUAACCUGUCCACCUAGUGGCACAACGAUUUUACAUAUGGCUGCCGCUGCGAAUCUGCUUGACCUGAUUCUUUCUGUGUUGUCAGGUGGCGAGGAUAUUGAAAGGAGAAACGAAGUGGGACAUACGGCGUUACAUUUCGCAGCACGGGUAGGAAACACGAGGGCCGGCAAAAUUUUGCAGGAAAAAGGAGCAAACCGAGAAGCAGAAACCUACUACGGAGCGACUUGUUUAAUGGAGGCGAUCAGGGGGGGGAAAUUUGGAAUUUGUGGACUGGCUCCUAGAUGA